AUGUCAGCCGGAACGAUGAUGACGGGGCCUGCAAACCUAUCCCCAUGGCUUCGAAAUGAUACGGUGGUGGAACUUCAUAAGAGGAUGGCAUUCUUGAUGUUUGAGAAACUUGUUGACAGCGGUGAUGGACCUACCCUUGAAAUAGACCAACUCAGAAUAAUUGUUCAAGCUAAUCAAAUAAGAACAUCAUGUUGGUUAGGCCAUCUCACGGUCGAAGAGAUUGUGGACUUGCUCAAAGGCGUAAUACAAGAAGGGUGGUAUGAGAAGAAAGUCGAGGUGCUCAAAGAUCUUCAACCAGACUGGUUUGUGCCAGCCACGCUCAAGGACACAGGCAAGACUGAAGAAGUUGUGAAUGCUAUUGAAAAGAACGAGGAUGAAUCCUCUCUGCUACAUGAUUCUUUCGGGCUGACUGAGAAGAAGAACUCAAAAGACGAACCUGCGCUGGAUUUGGAUCGUACUUGCAGAGAAAUCAAGCCUAUAAGUGGAAGAAAUUCAACGGCAUUACUAGCCAUAAAAGAUCCUGAAUAUGAAGAGGGACAGGUAGAUACAGACGAGGCAACAAAAAACCCUGGAAAAAAUGACAAGCGUUCAACUAGCUCGCAAGAACUAGUGGCACAAAACAAAGACCUGGCACGACUUUAUCGCAAUCAAAAACUGCCUCAUGGUCCUGCCAAUUCAUAUCGGUUACCAGAUCAAAGAGAGAGAGGUCGCGCGACCAGACCGGAUCAGUCUCGUAAGCGUCGCCGCAACACCCCCAGUCCUGAGAGGGCCAACCAGAGAAGAAGGACCCACGAUCUCGGUGGAUCUUACGAAGCUCAUAACAGAUUCGGCAUCAAUACUGGUGGCGAUUAUGGUACGUUGCGUGGUUUGAGCAUUUGUUUAGUCUUCUUCUGA